CAGACACACUCAGACACGCACAUCUGUGCUCUCUUUCUCUCUCUCCAAUGUCUGUCUUCCCCUUUCUUUCUGGGACUUUCGUUGUUGACUUUUGCUCAAGUCUACGCUAUGUGUAACACAGCCCAGAUUUCUUUUCUUGUUCUUUUGCCGUGGAUUUAUUGAUUUUGGUCUGAAUCUUGGAGCUCCCUGCUCUUAUUUUUCAAGAAUUUUUUUCAUUGAGUUUCUUGCGUGGACUGGAUUCUUGCUCGAAUUUUGCAUAAAAUCUGAGCUUGGAAGUUUUGGUGGUUAAUAUGCAGUUUAAGAUCAGAUUUUCACAUCUGGGCUUGGUUGAAUCAGAUCAUGGGGUGCUUGAAUAUGCAUAUAAAUAUCCAUGUAGUUGAAGUAGAUGCUUGGAUAGUGUACCUGGGAGCUGGGUUCUUUCUGUGUCCUAUGGGGGAUGGUGAAGAUAGUAAGAAGAAGAACAUUGUAAGAACAACAGAAAUGGAGAAUCUUUCUUUGGAUAUUUCAGCUAACAGCAGGCUUUCAAGAGACCUGUUGCAGAGGUUUAUGGGUACUGCUAGUGAGUAUGAGGAGGCAGUGAAGGAGGAGGAGGAUGAGGAGAUUGAGUUGAAUCUUGGGUUGUCAUUGGGGGGAAGAUUUGGUGUGGACAAGAGUUCUCAGAAGUUGGUGAGGUCUUCUUCCGUAGCCAGUUGUUUGCCUGUGGUGAGGGAUGAUAAUGAUUUCGUGGCACCGGCACCGGUGGUGUAUUCGGGCUUGGCGAGGACCUCUUCCCUUCCUGUGGAGACGGAGGAGGAGUGGAGAAAGAGGAAGGAGUUGCAGACCUUGAGAAGAAUGGAGGCUAAGAGGAGAAGGUCUGAGAAGCAAAGGAAUUUGAGGAAUGAUAAAGAAGGGGGUGGAAACGCAGGUGGAACUUUGAGUUUGGAGGAAAGGAAGGAAAUUGAGGUGAAUUUGAGGGAGAGAUUGGAUAGGGAGAAGUCUUUGUCUAAGAGGGCAGGCUCAUCGCUCCGGUCACAAUUUGGGUUGUCUUCGUGGGCAGCUGCUGCUGCUAGUCAGGCCAUUCUUCGAAGUGGGAUUGAUGCAGCAUUGGCAAAAGGAAAGGGAAGCUAUGUGGGAAGUAGUGGUGGGAUACAAGGGCUUGGGCAACCGGCGUCCCAAGGUUCGGUGGAAUCAAAAGGGGGAAGUUCUUCAAGUGUGUCGGAUUUGGAGAGUAAAACUCUACAAGGAUCCAGCAGUGAGCUCAGCCCUGCCAGCAUCCAGUCCUUGCAAGAAGGCGGCAGUCAGGAACUCGGCUCUUCUGGAACCCGAGGUAUUGACAAGAGAACAAGAGAACAAACAAGCAGAAUGACAGGAUCCGAGACGGACAGCCCGUCUAAGAGACCUGAAGCCUCAAGAACCCGAGGGAAGGAAGUCGGGACAAACUCAAUGGAGGAUAUGCCUUGUGUUUUCACAAAAGGUGAUGGACCCAACGGCAGAAGGGUCGAUGGAAUACUGUACAAAUACGGAAAAGGCGAAGAAGUAAGAAUAAUGUGUGUAUGCCACGGCAACUUCCACUCACCGGCAGAGUUUGUCAAGCAUGCAGGUGGUACCGAUGUGGAUCACCCGCUCAAGCAUAUUGUUGUAAACCCAAACUCUUCUUCCCUGUUGUAAUCGCAGUUGUCUGCAUGCCAUUGUCUAAACCGAGGAGUCAAAUCGUGUGAACAUUCUUAGAGAGUAGCGGCUUUUUGUUUUCCAUUUUUGAGUUUGGCUUUCUUUCCGAAACUAAUUGAUACUCAUGUUUCCAUGGGGAAUCAUAUAAAAAAGAAAAGUUUUGGAUGAUCUUUGCAGAUUGUGUUGAUGGAAUGUGGAGGAGAGCUACUGUGCUAGUAAUGAAUAGCCUCAACCUUCGUCA